GAAAAUGUCAGACAAUAGUAAAAACUGCUUAUCAUUGUUUCCCCACAGCUGAAGGUCAUGUAGCAAGGAGGGCUUGCUGACUUCCUUGCUUUGUCCAAAUAACAAUGCAAAACCUGAACAUAUUUAGUUUACUUAGUGAUCUACUUGUCUUCAUUAAUAAUAGGAUUGAGUAAAAGAUUUUUAAUAUGGGCAAAGCCAAAAAUUAUAACUGCAUAAUCUGAGAGGGUUCAAAAACAAAUUAAGAUACCUCUCUCCGCCAUUGCUGGCAGUGCUUGUUGAAACUUCUAAUAUCUCUGACCCGCACAACCCACAGAGAUUGGUUGUUGCUGUUUGUCCUUUUUGGACUGUAUAACACAGUGGCAGCAGAAGGCAGAGCAGAAGGACAUGUCCCCUUUAAACCUCACGUUUCCAAAGCAGCACUCAGUAUUUUUGGAUCAGGAUAAUCAGGGGAAAGUUGACACAGAGGCUGUGUGAUCUCAAUUCGUCCACACCGAGUCCCACUUCGCAGACUGGAGGUUGUCUCAUGUUGCAAUGCCUUUCUGCAGCAAACAGGCUCCUGGACUCUCCUGACUGAUGGGUGUAGACAAAGACGUUUCCCAUCUGUCUGACUGUGCGACUGCAGGAGGAAGAAAGUUUCUCCAACCGCAGCCGGGAGACAAUCACGAUGGACCCGUCCAACCAGAAGCACUUCAUGAUUGUAGACUAUGUGAUAUUUGCCGCCUUGCUUGCCGCCUCAACGGGCAUCGGCCUGUACUACGCUCUGUCUGGCGGGCGUCAGCGCACUACGCAGGAGUUCUUGAUGGCGGACAGGAACAUGCACUCUCUUCCUGUUUCCCUGUCACUCAUCGCCUCAUUCCAGUCCGCUGUGGCGAUCAUAGGCGUACCGGCAGAGAUCUACACCCACGGUACUCAGUACUGGUUCAUUGGCUGUGCCUACGUUCUGGGCCUCCUCAUUCCAGCUCAUGUUUUCAUUCCAGUGUUGUACAGACUGCAAGUCUCCAGCGCUUACCAGUAUCUUGAACUGCGCUUCAGCAAAGCAGUGCGUAUCUGUGGAACCUUGACCUUCAUCUGCCAGAUGGUGAUCUAUAUGGGAGUUUGUGUGUAUGCUCCUGCCUUUGCACUAAAUGCAGUUACUGGAUUUGAAUUAUGGGGAACAGUGCUGGCCACUGGUCUGGUGUGCACAUUGUACACAACAAUAGGCGGUUUGAAGGCUGUCAUCUGGACAGACGUCUUUCAGACUGUUGUGAUGUUUGCAGGGCAGCUGGCUGUCAUCGUGGUGGGAGUGCAGCAGACUGGAGGAGUGCCUGAAGUUUGGAGGAAAGCCUGGGAGGGAAACCGCAUCUCUGGUCUCGACCUGAACCCAGAUCCUACAGAGAGACACACUUUCUGGACUCUGGGGGUUGGUGGGGUCUUCCUCAUGCUGUCCCUGUACGGAGUGAACCAGGCUCAGGUCCAAAGAUAUCUCAGCGCACGUACAGAGAAGGAAGCUGUGAGGUCUUGCUACAUGGUGUUUCCCUCCCUGCAGCUGGCUCUGGCUCUCAGCUGUGUGAUGGGACUGGUAAUGUUUGCUCGUUACUGCGGAGAGGAUUACUCUGACAAGCUGGGCACCUCGUCAGGGGAUGCCAUGGUGAUAUACUUUGUGAUGGAUAUGCUACAAGGUCUGCCUGGACUUCCUGGACUGUUUGUUGCUUGUUUAUUCAGUGCAGCUCUAAGCACCAUCUCCUCUGCCUUUAACUCUUUGGCCACUGUGACAAUUGAAGACCUGAUCAAACCACAUUUCCCCGACAUGACAGAGACCAGAGCAACCCUACUGUCCAAAGCCUUUGCUAUGUCCUAUGGGCUGCUGUGCCUGGCCAUGGCCUAUCUCACUCACCUAAUGCAGGAUUCAGUUCUACAGGUGGCUUUAAAAAUCUUCGGAAUGGUUGGUGGUCCUAUCCUCGGCCUGUUUUCUCUCGGGAUGUUCUUCCCCUGGGCCAACUCCACUGGAGCACUGGCAGGUCUUGGCACCGGUCUGGCUGUGGCUUUCUGGGUCGGCAUCGGGAGCAUCCUCACUCGUAGCUCCGGUGCGAGACCAGUGCCACCUGACUGCAGAGUCGACCUGCUGUCAAACAGCACAACUACUGCCAUUGAGACUGUACUCAGCAACGUCACUCUGAGCCAACCCUCUGGAUUGAAGAGAUUUUAUUCGUUGUCUUACAUGUGGUACAGUGCAUUUAACUGCCUCACAGUCAUUCUAAUUGGCCUGAUCAUCAGCUUUCUCACAGGCCCUAUGAAAGAGGAGGAUGUGACACCAGGUACAGUCUAUCCCUUGUUAGGGAAACUGCUCUGUUUUCUACCUGAUCACCUCAAAAGGAAGCUCUGUUGUGUGACUCCUCUGAGAAAGAGUCUCUCAUCACAACAAAGGCAGCAGCCACAGCACAUAGAAAGCAACGGACUGGCCUUUCAACAAGAGGUCGGACCAUCACAGGGAGAGAUGGACAAUUUGCUUUCUGAUGCUCACACACCUUUUGUGGAGCAAGAAACAUCUGUGUGAUAUCGCAUGUCAGACUAGAAAAUGGUUACAACUUUGUCUUUAGAGAAACAAUAUGCUUGUAUACGGUUAACUUUGCUUUGUGAUGGAUGUAAUUCAAAUUUGCACUGUCAAUUGCUGCUUCGAGAUCAAAGCUAAACAAUGUUCAGUCAGGUUUCCUCUUUUUUUAAGUUUACUUACACCUUCAUGUCUUCAAGAGAAGACUUCUGUGCAGCUGAGCCUAUCACUGGUUUACAGACAGUCACAUGUGAUUUACAUACAGUAGUGCCACUGAUGCAAAUUCAGUUGGGUACUUCCAUGUUAAAAUGCUGCAUGUGAAAAGUGAACUUUAGAGCAACUAAAAAGGUACGAAACAGUUCUGUGUACACUUUACAAUUGUUUAGCACUCGUGCACUUGUGUCAUACUCGUGGGAGAUCAUGGCUUCUCAUUUUUUUAUGAUCGUAUGACUGAAUUUUGGCUGCGAUGCAGCUGAAAUGCAGAACAGAAAAAAAAAUUUCUGAAAAAGAUUAAAGAUUUUGUAGUUAACCCUUUUCAUUGUUUUGUACCCUUAUUUAUUUAUUUAUUUAUUUAACUAACGACUUUAAACUAAAAGAAAUCAUAAUUGUUUGGUUUAAAAAAAACCUUAACUCAAGGUCCACUUGCAGAACUAGCUUGUUUCCUGAUUAAAGCUACUUCAGAAGCUUCAGCUAUGAUUUUCAUUUAUUUAUUUUUAUUUGAUCUUGGAAACUGUAGUUUCAAAGGUGAACUAUGAACUUUCUUGCGCAAUUAAUUUAUAGUUAUUGUUUUGGUACAUGCGUCGUCUAUUUAAAAGGAAAUUUAUUUACAUGUGCAUGUUUUCUAUUUGCUGUAAGACCUAAAUUUUGAUGAUAAAUUAAUGUACAUUAAGAUAUAGCAGAAUAACUCAUAAAAUGACUUAAGACAGAGGGUUUUUUUGUUUUGUUUUUUUAAUCAUGGUAUGUGGAGACAAACAAACAUGACACAUGACAUGCUGUCCCUAGUGUUAAUAAAUAUAAUUAGACUGAA